AUGGGCUUUGACGGCGUUAGGGGCGGACGCAGCCAGCAGCGCGAGCGAACUCGGCCGAUCCUCGCGCCCCGACGGGUCGAGGACCUCAACCUGUAUGCCACGCUCGGCGCCGACUUCGCGAAAUUUGAGAGGUCGGUCCGCGUCCGAAAUCUGCGUUGGACCUCCAGCCACCGAAACGUUGCUAUUGAACCGUAUUUCUUGCCUUCAAAGCCGAUCGCUAGGCCAUUGGCUGGCGCGUCGUUCGCGCCAUCCAUUCCGUGCUGGUGUCCCGACUUCGCCAGCCGGAGCUCUGGCCCAGCAACUCCUCGAAAUCGCGCACGAACCCUCAAACCCCUUUGUGCCGGUAUCGGCAGAUUGAACAUCGCUGCCACAAAAUGCCGUCGGAUCCAGGGGCGGUCGGCGAAGGCGUACUCAUAUCGGCGAAUGACCGUCACUUUCACUUUUGGCGGCGUCGCAAUACCUUCUUCCGUGCCUGAUCGGCGGUGUAGGCGGGAACGCCUUCCCGUUUGGCGAGGGGAAGGCAGAAACGAUCUCCGCGACAGCCCUGCUUCUGCAGUCAGCGCGCGCAGCGCCAGCCCCCGUACGCCAGCGCCUCCAACAGCGGCUACAACCCGCAUCGGCAAGGCACCGAGCAUCUCCCGCUUCUUCAAUCGGCGCCCUAACCGGACAAAUGGCUAA